AGUCUCCAUCGGCGGUUCUUACGGACCCCCUCUGCCUCCUACCUCUUUAUUGCCCGCCGUUCUCUCGCUUUCUCACUUCCCCCUUUUUGACCACCGCCGGCUGCACCUAAUUACUCUAUUCUAUGGUUUCCUUUCUCCAUUUUUGUGUUUAGGAUCUAGACCCGGACCCUGCCUGUGUGAGUUUGUCGACGAAGCUAGGGUUUCAAUUUUGGAGUGAUUGAUGAUUUUCUCGGAUCUUUCCUUGGUCCACUAUCCUGCCUUUUCCGGGAUUUCCGACUUCUAGAUCACCUUUUAUUUCUGUCUCUCCUUAUUUAGAGUUAAUUUUGCGGUUUUAAUGACUGUAAAUGGAUGCAUUCCGGCAAAGGAGAAAAGAGCAUUACCGGCGUAGCUGCAAAUAGGAGCUCCAGCGAUUUACUUGCAUUGACGGUUCCUGCUUCUCUUAGAGGAAAGAAACAGGGGAACUUUGCAAAUUUGGCAUCUGUUUCAAGUUCCUCCAGUAGUUAUAUUACAGGGGAAGAAGAUUCGCUUACGGUUGAUUUAAGUGGGAGAUCUUCAAGAAAAUCAAUUGGUAUGCCAAUGAAAAAGCUAUUAGCAGAAGAGAUGUCUAAAGAGAAUGGAUCCAGAAGACGGUCACCAAAUGUUAUUGCAAGAUUGAUGGGCCUUGAUGGUCUGCCACCUCAGCAGCCCAGCCAAAAGCAACAAAACAGGAGUGCUGAGAAUGGUCAAGAGAAAGCUCAAAAGAGUUGCGCAUUCUACAGCCAGGCAUCCUCUAGAAAGAACUCCAGGGAUGAACAAGAGUUCAAAGAUGUUUUUGAGGUUUUAGACUCAGAAAAGGUGGAGAGUGCUGGUUACUCCUCACAGGGAACUGGAAUUUCAAAGUGUACUGAGGCUGAGAUGGCAUUUAUUUGGCAGAAGUUCAUGGAUGUUAAACGUCUUUCAACUGAUGAAAAGCUUCAGGAUUUGAAGGAAUUGGAUGAUGCCCUUGAGGUUUUAGACUCCAACAAAGAUCUUUUGCUGAAAUUGCUUCAGCAACCUGAUUCAUUAUUCACAAAGCAUUUGCAUGAUCUGCAAAAUGGCCCUCCUGAAUCCCAUUGUGGUCACAUAUCAGCUAUAAAGUCAUCACGCACUCUGCUCUAUGAAAAUAGUAGCUUAGGCCAGAGAACAGAUAGAGAAAGUCGAUGGAAGAAUCAUAGUAAAUCUCCUCAGCACCAUCAAGCAGAUAUUUUAAACCACUCAUUUGCUAUUCAAAAUCACCCCAAGUCAUCUAAAGUUCAAGUUGAAGAGAAAAGUGAGCUGGUCUCUUUGCCCACGAGGAUUGUUGUUCUGAAGCCAAACCUUGAGAAGCCACACAAUGCUGCCAGAAUUUCUUCAUCACCCAGUUCUUCUCAUCAUCUGCCAUCAGAUUGUAAAAAACACACAGAGAUUAUGGGUAUCAAAAAUAGGGAGGUAGAAGUAUGGGGCAAGAAAAGCGUUUAUGGUGAUUUGGGGAUUUUGAGGCCUAAUUCUAAAGAUUCUAGAGAGAUUGCUAAAGAAAUCACUAGGAAAAUGAGAAGUAUUUCAAGCAGUAGUUCUUUGAAAUUUCCAACCUCCAAGUUUAAAGGAUAUGCAGGGGAUGAAAGCUCAUGUGAUGUAUCUGGAAGUGAAUCUGCAAAUGAUUCAGAUGUAACAGCAGUUACUUCCAGAGAAACCUUUGGCAGGAAUUACCAGUAUAGGUUAUCAUCAUCCCGUUCUUCUGAAUCAUCUAUCAGUAGGGAGGCCAAGAAGAGACUCUCAGAAAGGUGGAGAAUGACUCACAGGUCUCAAGAGGUAUGUCUUGCUAGCAGGGGCAGCACACUUGGUGAAAUGCUUGCCAUCUCUGACAGUGAAGUGAGGCCUGCAAGUUUUACUAGCAUGAUUAAGGCUGAAUGCAGCCAUAGUAAUGAAACAUCGUUAUGGGGUGAACCUUUGGGUAUUAGCAGCAAGGACGGUUGGAAGGAUGGAUGUCUCAGUAAUCUAUCAAGAUCAAGAUCUCUUCCAGGUUCUGCUGAUUUUGGAAAUCCCAGAACAAGUUUGCGCCAGGAAGUUCUUUGUAGUGACAAAUAUGUGAUGCCAAAGGAUAGUAGAAAGCGUGACAGAAGCAAGGCAGUAAAGGGGACCUUCAUUCAAAGGGAAGGUUUACCAUCUAGGAACUCAAAGGCCACUAUAAAAAAAUCUCAAUUUCUUAGUACUAACAAUAGUGAGGGGAAGGAUGAUACUCCAUCACAAGUUGGUUUACCUGAUUUUCCAGUGAAGAGUAAUUUGGAAGGGGAUGGGCAAUCUUUAGAAAAUCCUGUGGUUUCAGAAGCAUUUGCUGGUAGUGUCGCAACAGGUUCCCUUCAUGAAGAGAAAGAGGAUGUCAACAAUCAGAAUUCAGCUGUGUGUUCUGGACCUUGUCAUCUGGAAUUAUCAGCUUCGGUAAAUGGUGACUUUUCUGCUGGUGACCUAGAUACUUUGGCCUCCCAGGAAAUACGGGAUGGGCAACAUGAGGGAGCCCCAUCACAUCACCCUGAACCCCAACUUGAAUCUUACACAGGCCCCAAGGAGGGAGAUCAGCCUAGUCCAGUUUCAGUUCUAGAGGCUCCUUUUGCAGAUGAUUUUUCAUCUGGUUCCGAGUGCUUUGAGAGUCUUAGUGCUGACAUCCAUGGGCUUCGGAUGCAACUUCAACUACUGAAAAUGGAGUCUAUGGCAUAUGCAGAAGGAUCUACACUACUUUCUAGUGAUAAUGACACUGAUGAAGUGUCUUCUGAGAUUGUAGACGAUACUGGAAUAUUAAGGGCUGAAGAGAACUUGGAGUUUUCAUACAUAUCUGAUGUCUUAAUUGAUUCUGGAAUUAGCAGUACUGAUCCUGAUGCAUUCAUGGCGACGUGGUACUCUCCAGAUUGCCCUGUAAAUCCCAUUGUAUUUGAAGAACUCGAGAAAAAGUACUGUCAUCUGACUUCGUGGUCAAGGGCUGAAAGGAAACUGACGUUUGACCGUAUAAACUCAAAGCUUCUGGAGAUCUACCAGCAAUCCAUCAAUCAACAUCCAUGGGUGAAGCCUGCAAGAAGAAUUCAUUCAAAGUGGAACAAGCAAGGACUCGAGGAUAGCUUGCACAGGUUGCUGGCAGUUCAGGAAAAGAAAGCGAAGAAGGAUGCCAUAGGAAUGGUGCUUGGAUGGGAAAAACAAUGGUUAGGCACAGGAGACGAUAUUGACGUCAUAGGUAGAGAAAUCGAGCAGUUAUUAGUUGAUGAACUAAUUGCGGAGGUAGCAGCUCUGUAAUGACUUAGAACGUAAGCUGCUUUGGUUUUAGAAGAAUCACCAUAUAUGCAACCGUAAUCGAGGUGAUGGAAUGAGCAUUUCAUGAGUAGAAGUAGGGAAAAAUAUGUAAAUUAGCUCCUCAAAUUAAUUUUCAUUGAUGAAUAAACCCUCGAUGAAAGUUUGGUUGCAAAUCAAAUCUUAAAGUCUCAAUCUGCAAUAAAUGUGUUUAAAGUGA